ACACCAGAAGGAUGAACACACGACUGACGACGAUGGACGGGGAGGAGCAGGAGUAUGAAGCAGGGGCCUCAGGUCUUCGCCCAGACGUCAGAACAGCGCCGGUUCCCAACGCCACCAAAGGUCGGCAGCAGCGAUCAGCAGCAGCGUCGUCUCGUUCCAGCAGCCUAUCUGAGGGCCUCUGGUCCAAUCAACACCCUCCAGACUUCAGUGCUGGAUCUGGACCUUCAAACGCAAAAUGUCUACGUCUUGAACAAGCAGAAGGAUCUUCAGUGUUCAGCGAAUUCACCAACUGGUCCAACCAGAGCCCUCCAAACUUCAGUUCUGAGCCUGGGCCGGCAAAAGUGAGAAGGAAAAGGAGGACCAAGAGGAGGGAUGCUUGUGAGGACGAGCGUCUGUCCUGCUGUGAGUUGUGUCGGGACGUCCUGAAGGAUGAGGUAUCUCUGAGCUGUGGACAUCGACUCUGCAGACGGUGCAUCUGCUCAUACCAGGACCCGAAGGCUCCACCGGGAGUCUCCUGGUGUCCUCUCUGUGCAGAAAAAGCCAUCUGCAUUCCGGGUGUGGGUCUGCAGCAGCUUCUAGAAGAACACAAGGAGAGUCUGAGGAGGAGAUGUGAACGUGUGACUGAAGGAAGUGAUGAAUCUGGAGGAGGAAGCCUCCUCAACAGGAUCUACACUGAGCUCCACAUCAUCGAAGGAAACAGUGAGGAGCUCCAGAGGGAACCUGAGCUGCAGCAGCUGGAGACAGCUUCCAGGAGGGAGAGCCUCCAUCACUCUGCCAUCAGGGUUCAGGACAUCUUCAAAGCCUCGGCCCGGCAGCUCAGACACAUCCGAGUGGUUGUGACCAGCGGUGUGGCCGGCAGCGGAAAAACCUUCUCGGUGCACAAAUUUACCCUGGACUGGGCUGAGGGCCUGGAGAACCAGGAUGUCAGGGUGCUGGUGGUGCUCUCCUUCAGGGAGCUGAACCUGAUCAGAGACCAGCUGCACAGUCUCCUCUCGCUGCUCCAUGUUUUCUGUCCAGCGCUCCAGAAGCUGACGGCAGAGGAGCUGGCUGUCUGCCAGCUGCUGUUCAUCUUGGACGGCCUGGAUGAAAGCAGACUUUCUCUGGACUUCAGCAGCAGCCAGCGGCUGCUCGAUGUCUCACACCAGUCUUCGGUCAGCGUGCUGCUCACCAACCUCAUCCGGGGGGAUCUGCUGCCCUCGGCUCGGGUCUGGAUCACUUCCCGACCGGCGGCGGCCCAUCAGAUCCCUCCAACAUGUGUGGACAGACUGACAGAAGUGCGAGGCUUCACAGCCGCUCAGAAGGAGGAGUACUUCAGGAGGAGGCUGAGUGAUGAGGAGCUGAGCAGCAGAAUCAUCUCCCAUGUCCAGACGUCCAGGAGCCUCCACAUCAUGUGUCGAGUCCCAAUCCUGUGCUGGAUCACUGCUACAGUUCUGGAGCACAUGUUGACCAAAAACCAGAGAUUAGAGCUGCCCCAGACCCUGACUGACAUGUACUCCCACUUUGUACUGGUUCAGACGCACAGGAAGAGGUUCAAGUACCACGAAGGACCUGAGACGGGUCCACAGGAGCUGACGGAGGCUGACAGAGAAGUUCUCCUGAAGCUGGGCAGGCUGGCGUUUGAACAUCUGGAGAAAGGGAACAUUUUUUACCAAGAAGACCUGGAGCAGUGUGGCCUGGAUGUGGCAGACGCCUCUGUGUACUCUGGAGUCUGUACUCAGAUCUUUAAGAGAGAGUCUGCGAUCUUCCAGAAACCCGUCUACAGCUUUGUCCAUCUGAGUGUUCUGGAGUUUCUGGCUGCAGUCUUCAUGUUCCACUGUUACAACAGCCGUAACACAGACGUUCUGAAGACCUUCCUGGGAGAAGACUGGGCCGAUCCAUCCACCAACAAUCAAGACAAUGAUGAUGAUGAUGAUGAUGAUGAGUACAAUGAGGACGAUGAUGAUGAUUACAACCCUGAUUUCAGUGAUGAAGAAGAGGAAGAGGACGACGAUGACAACAGAGAUUCUUCAUCUCUGGACGCCUUGUUGAGGAGAGUCAUGGAGAAAUCUUUCCGAAGCGAAAACGGACACCUGGACCUGUUUGUCCGCUUCCUUCAUGGCCUCUGUCUAAAAUCCAACCAAACACUCCUAGGGAGUCUGCUGGGUCAGACAGAGAGCGGUCCAGAAACCCAUCAGAGAAUCAUCGACAACCUGAAGCAGAUGAACAGUCACCAAGUGUCUCCUGACAGAAGCAUCAACAUCUUCCACUGCCUGCUGGAGAUGAAGGACCUCUCAGUACAUCAGGAGAUCCAGACGUUCCUCAGGUCAGAGAACAGAUCAGAGCAGCUGUCUGAGGUUCACUGCUCGGCUCUGGCCUACAUGCUGCAGAUGUCAGACCAGGUCCUGGAUGAGCUGGACCUGGAGAAGUACAACACCUCUGAGGAGGGUCGACGGAGACUGAUCCCAGCUGUGAGGAACUUCAGAAAAGCCCGGCUGACUGACUGUGGACUCUCGGAGAUUCACUGUAGAGUGGUGGUCUCCGCCCUGAAGGCGAACCCCUCCCAUCUGACCGAUCUGGACCUGAGUGGAAACCAGCUGGAGGACUCCGCAGUGAAGGUUCUCUGUGAAGGACUCAGCGGUCCAAACUGCAGACUGGAGGUCCUGAGGUUGGUGAACUGCAGGCUGUCGGAGAUCAGCAGUGCUUCGAUGCUCUCAGCUCUGAGCUCCCUGAGACAUCUGAAGCAUCUGGACCUGGGAGGAAACCAGCUGUGGGGCUCAGGACUGCAGUGGCUGUGUGGUCUCCUGGAGAGUCCACAUUGCAGACUGGAGAUUUUGGGAUUGCGUGACUGCUUUUUGACAGAAACCAGCUGUGCGGCUCUGGUCUCAGCUCUGAAGUCCAGCCCCGCACACCUAACACAUCUGGACCUGGGAGACAAUUUCAUUUACGAUUCAGGACUGAAGCGUCUCUGUGGGUUUCUGGAGAGUCCAGGAUGCCAGCUGGAGGCUCUGGGGCUGGGUUGGUGUGAUUUGACAGAGAUCAGCUGCGAGUAUCUGGUCUCAGCUCUGCAGUCCAACCCGUCUCACCUGAAACAUCUGGACCUGAGCAGGAACAACCUGCAGGACGCAGGAGUGAAGCAGCUCUGUCAUUUCCUGAGGAGCCCACGCUGCAGACUGAAGACUCUGAGUCUGGAUCACUGCUGUCUGUCCGAGGCCAGCUGUUCCUCUCUGGCCUCGGCGCUCCGCUCCACGCCGUCCCGCCUGCAGCUGCUGGAGCUGAGUCACAACGGCCUGCGGCGCUCGGAGGUGGAGCAGUUUGCUGGACUUGUGGAGAGUCCAGACUGCAGCCUGCAGACUGUGAGGUUUCACACACCCCCAUGGUUUCAAAUAAAGUGGAUUGGAGGUGUCUCAGAUGGAGAAUGUGUGAUGUGGGCUUUGAUUUCUGCAUUUCGUCGAUACGCCACAAGUCAGCACUGGUGAUCCUCAGGAAGCCGUGUUUGGAUUCCACCAUGUGUCUCCAUGUUUGUGUAAAUCUGAUGAAGUGAAGCAUUUAUACUCCAUUUUCACAUAUUUGUUUCAUUUUCACUCACGUUUUUCCACAAUCACAUGAUCUCUGUGGCGAUCAGGUGAUCAUAAUCAUCUUAUACAGUUUUACGGAUUCAUACUCCCACUUGGGAACUUUCAGUUAUGCAGAUGAUAGACAGCUUUAUAUUUUCAUGUGUCCUGAUGAGUUAAUGCUCUGUUCAAACUGUACUUAUGCUAAAUCCCGGAUGGGAGAGAACUUUUUACAGCUCAACCAGAUUUAGUUACCUGUCCUGAGACUAAGUGAGAAAUACCGUUGUUAAAACUAUUAUCGAUGAAUCUAUUUGAACACGUGAGAGAAAUGGGAGUCAUUUUCACUGAGAUGAGUUUUCAACCUAAUAUUACACAAAAAAGAACUGUUUUUAUCAUUUCACGAGUGUAGCCAUAGUUGUAAGUGAUGCAUGCUUUUAUUUCCAGUCAUACUGGUUAAUGCAAAAGCCCAUUUUCAGGAAUAUCUCACACCUAUAUUUACAGCUGGAGUGCUGAUGAGGGCCACGAUUUAAUACUUCUCAUUCAUUUACCACAUGCUCCCCAAAAUAAACACAAUGUUCACAUUCGUAGUGUUCACAUGAGGUUUGCAAAUUACAUUUAAUGGAAUUAAAUAAAUACUGGUAUUUGG